CAUGAUCUGCCUGGUGCUGACCAUCUUUGCUAACCUCUUCCCCUCAGCCUACAGCGGCGUGAACGAGCGCACGUUCUUGGCAGUGAAGCCCGACGGCGUGCAGCGGCGGCUGGUGGGCGAGAUCGUGCGUCGCUUUGAAAGGAAGGGCUUCAAGCUGGUGGCACUGAAGCUAGUGCAGGCCUCCGAAGAGCUACUGCGGGAGCAUUAUGUCGAGCUGCGGGAGAGACCUUUCUACAGCCGAUUAGUUAAAUACAUGGGCUCUGGUCCCGUGGUGGCCAUGGUGUGGCAAGGGCUGGAUGUCGUGCGCGCUUCGCGGGCCCUCAUAGGGGCCACUGACCCAGGGGACGCCAUGCCCGGUACGAUCCGUGGUGAUUUCUGUGUGGAGGUUGGCAAGAAUGUGAUUCAUGGCAGUGAUUCGGUGGAAAGUGCUCAGAGAGAGAUCGCUCUUUGGUUCCGUGAGGAUGAGCUUCUGUGCUGGGAGGACAGCGCGGGACACUGGCUAUAUGAGUAGACGCUAAAGUCAACAUUACCAAUCUGGAGGUUGUUGGUCUUCUGUGAUCUUCACAGUGACAGUGCUAUGUGGGUGCAGGUCCACCCAACCCAGUCUGUCCAGGGGCAACCACUUCCACAUCCCACCCUCUAUUU